UAGCAAAUUGUUUUCUUACGAAUUUUCAAAACACUGGGGGUGUUUAAAACUCUUUAAAACAUAAGAGUAGUUUAUCCACAAUCUUCUUCCCUAUCUACCUUUCCCUUCAUAUCUCAUCUUCGAAGCGACACUGUCGAUCUCGUUUCGUCUGAGGUGGCGCUAGUCCUCGUCCUUACCGUUUUCGAUUUCAGGUAUAAAUCAGCUUGAAAUUGUUGAAUUUCAUUGUAAUCAUUGACUCUUCUGAAAGAAGAAGAGAGAGAAAUGGAAGAAGCUAAGGCUAUGGCUCAGCAGCAGCAGCAGCAGCAGCAGCAGCGUCUCUUACAACACCAGCAACAACAAGUUCAACAACAACAAAAUCAACAGCAGCAACAAUUUCUUCUGUUACAACAACUUCAACAACAACAGGCGGCUAUCUCUCGUUUCCCUUCAAACAUUGAUGCCCAUCUUCGCCCACCUGGUGUCCACCGUCCCAUCACUCUCCAGCAACAAAACCCUAACCCUAACCCCAAUGUUAAUGCUGCUAAUGCUAAUUCUAAUUUGCAGCAACAGAAUCAGCAAAGUUCACAACAGACGCAACAACAGCAGCAACAACAGAAAGGGAUGAGGCCAUUGAACCAAGUGGAGCUCCAGAUGGCAUACCAGGAUGCCUGGCGGGUUUGCCAUCCAGAUGUCAAGCGCCCGUUCACGUCAUUUGAGGAUGCUGUUGACAGGCUACUACCUUAUCAUGUGGUAGCAGACUAUGAAGCAGAGGAAGAUGAUAGAAUUCUUGAUUCUGAUACAACAGGAUUAAUGCCUUCUCGCUCUCAGCAGUGGGAUAACAACAUUGCUGCCAAAGUUGCAGAGUUCACAGCAACAUUUGAGAAACAGGCCCUUGCUUUUAACAUAAUAACACGCAAGCGAGCCAUUGGUGAAUUCCGAUGUGAGGAGAGGUUGAUGAUUGAGCAGGCUCUUCUUCAAGAGGAGAAAAGAGCGAUACAGGAACUGAAGGCAGAAAUAGAGACGAGGGAGAAGGCUGGUAGGGAGGCUCAUGAGGCUAGGUUGCGAAUGGCUGCGAUGGUUCAAGCAGAGCAAGCUCGAGCCGAGUCUCAUGCUCGUGAUGAAAUGAUGGCUCGAGCACCAAUAAGGGCAAGUGUUCUUGGUUCUCAAGGCAAUAAUAUUGGUGAUGAUAUGGGAGAGCAGGAACAAGGUGUUAACCCAGAUGAAAUGAUGAACGGAUGGGGAAGCAAUACACAGAGAGAUGAGAAGGAGCCAUCUGAAGAUUUCUUGAAUGACGAGGAAACUGAAAAUGAGGAGACAGGUAUGCAAGACGAGUGGCGGGAAGUGGGAAAUUUUGAUUUGAACUCCAGGUGAACUCAUGAGAAAUCUUAAACAACAAUCUCCACAAGGGAAAUCAAUGCAAUUUUUUAUGUCGUGAGCUUUAAGGUAAAUUUGAUUGAUGAAUGUCAACUUUUUCUUCUUUCUGUGAACUUAUGAAUCUUUAUAAAGUGGGUAUAUAUAGCAGGUUGACUGUUAUUAUCCUAUUUGUGGGUUGUAUUGCCUCACAUUAUUUCUUCUCCGGAAAGUGAGUUUCAGAAUAA